UACCACACCCGCACCCACUCGCACGAUGCCGCCUGCACCCGUACACCAGAGGUACAAUGCAAAGGCAAGGGGGUCGUCUGUCGGCGGCAGCGCCCACAAGAAGCGCAAGCGCAGAAACAAGGGCGAGGCCGAGCCAGAGGAGGAGAAGAUGACCCAGCCGCAUCACGACCCGACCAUGUCGGCAAAGAAGCGCAAGCGCGUCGACUCGUACAUUGCCAAGAAGCUCAUGCUCGAGCGGAGGGACGAGACGCUCAAGACGCUCGCAUCGCUCCAGCCGUCCAAGGACACAUCGCGAUCGCUGCUCACUACCGCGAGUCUGGGCCAGAACCCGCUCAAGCCGACGAGCGCAAAGGAGCGGGAGGAGCGCGUUGAGGAUAGGGUAGUCAAGCGCAGCAUGGAGAAGCUCAAGCGGCGGCGCGGCGACGCCGAUAUGGACAUGGACAACGACUCGGACGAUUCAGACGGCGUCGAGGUCGUCAACACGGUCGCCAAGGCCGAGGGCGUGGCCACCACCGUGCUCGAGACCAAGGCGGAGAAGCGCGCGCGGGAGAAGGCCGAGGCCAAGGGAAUAAAGGGAACCAUCAAGGCCUCCAAGGCGAGCUGGAACCCGAACGCGCGGAAAGCCAAGGCUGAGGCCUCGAGCUCGGACUUUGACUCGUCCGACUCGGGGAAUGACAGCGUUUCUGAGGAUGAAGAGCCAGAGGCGGGGCCGUCGUCACCAAAGCCUGCAGCUGGGUCUGCGUUGAAGUCGGCCACGGGCUCGGCUCUGAAACCCGCCACGGGGUCCGCACUGAAGGCUACUGUCGGCUCAGCACUCAAGCCCUCUGUUGGCUCUGCAUUGAAGUCCUCUGUUGGCUCGGCGCUCAAGCCCGCCACAGGCUCAGCACUCAAGUCUGGUGUCGGCAGCGCGCUCAAGACUGCCGACGGCGGCGCCUUCCAGCCCCGUGUGGUCGUCCGGGGACCGAAGAAGUUCGCCCCGGCGCGUUCUCGCCCUACUGAGGAGAGUGAUGACGAGAGCGAACUGGAGAGCAGCGAACUUGAGGACGACAGCGACGAGGAUGACAGUGAUGGUGACGGUGAGGAGAGCAGCGAGGGUGGCGACGAGGAUGAGGACGAAGACGACGAGGACGAGGACGACAGUGAGGAUGAUGGCAGCGAUAACGACGCCGACGCCGAUACCGACGCACCCAAGGAACGCUCCUCAGGCUUCAAGAGCUGGGCCCUCAAGCAGAUGGGCGAAAAGGAGCAGGCCCACCCCGACCUGCUAGCAACGGCACCCACUGGGCCCAAGACGUACUUCCCCGCGCCGGGCAAGACCGGCGAGUUUGUCGGGCCGAUGGGCGCGACGCUCGUCGUGCCGGACAGCUCGCUGCUGAAGGGGAGCGAGCCGGGCUCUAGCACCCGCCCAGCGGUCAAGCGCCGGCCGUCGGUCGCCGAGGCGCGCAUGGACCUGCCCAUCCUCGCCGAGGAGCAGGGCAUCGUCGAGGCCGUGCUCAUGUACCCCGUUGUCGUGAUCUGCGGUGAGACGGGUUCCGGUAAGACGACACAGGUGCCCCAGAUGCUGUACGAGGCGGGCUUUGGCUUCCCCGGUUCGAGUAAGAAGCUUCCCUGGGCAUCGCUGACGACAGACAACCCCGGCAUGAUUGCCGUUACGCAGCCCCGACGUGUUGCUGCCGUCUCGCUCGCGGAGCGUGUGCGCGACGAGCUUGGCCUUGACCGCAACUCGGGCGUCGUGGCCCACCAGAUCCGUUACUCGUCCACUACGGCACCGGACACGGCCAUCAAGUUCAUGACGGACGGUGUGCUGCUGCGCGAGCUCGCGUCCGACUUCUUGCUGUCACGAUACUCUGUCGUCGUGGUCGACGAAGCACACGAACGUGGUGUCAACACGGACGUGCUGAUCGGAGUUCUGUCCCGUGUGGCUCGGCUGCGUGAGAAGCGCUGGCGCGAGGACGGCAAGGACAAGCUGAGCCCCCUCCGCAUCGUUAUCAUGUCGGCCACGCUCCGCGUGUCAGACUUUGCCCAGAACCCGACGCUGUUCCCGACCCCUCCGCCAGUGAUCCACAUCGGCGCACGCCAGCAUCCCGUCACGAUGCACUUCUCGCGGCGGACCAACUCUGACUACGUCGGCGAGGCGUUCAAGAAGGUGUGCAAGAUCCACUCGCGCCUGCCUCCUGGUGCGAUCCUCGUCUUCCUCACUGGCCAGAGCGAGAUCAUGGGGCUGUGCCGCAAGCUGGAGAAGAAGUAUGCCAAGGCCAACGGCAAAGCGAAGGGCAAGGCUACGGCCAAGCCCGCGACCGAGGAGGGGACAUUGCCGCCCGAGGUUGUUGAGCCUGAGGACGUGGAGCUUGGAGAGGACAAGGAUCUCGCGGCUGAAGUGGAUGACGGUGCGGCGGAAUCCGACCCCGAGGGCUUGGAUACCGACGAGGACGAGCCGCAGAUCUUUGACGAGGAAACCGAUGCCCCCAUGACCGUCCUCCCGCUCUACUCGCUCCUGCCGCAGGACCAGCAGAUGGCAGUGUUCAACCCGCCGCCCGAGGGCCACCGGCUCGUCAUCGUGUCGACCAACGUCGCCGAGACGUCGCUGACCAUCCCGGGCGUGCGUUACGUCGUUGACUGCGGUCGGGCCAAGGAGCGCCAGUUUGACGCCGCGUCGGGCGUGCAGAGCUUCGCCGUGUCGUGGAUCUCCAAGGCGUCGGCGGCGCAGCGUGCAGGUCGUGCAGGCCGUACCGGCCCCGGCCACUGCUACCGGCUCUACUCGUCGGCAGUGUUCGAGGACCAGUUUGCCCAGUUCUCGCAGCCCGAGAUCCUGCGCAUGUCCAUCGAGGGCGUCGUGCUCCAGAUGAAGGCGAUGAACAUUGACGCCGUGACAAACUUCCCCUUCCCGACCCCGCCAGACCGACACGCGCUCGCCAAGGCGGAGAAGCUGCUCCAGCACCUCGGUGCGCUCGACAAGCCCGUCGCCACGCGCAUGGUGGGCGGCGUGCAGCGCACUGGCGUCGCCGGCGGGCAGAUCACCGACCUCGGCCGUGCGAUGGCCUCGUUCCCCGUCAGCCCGCGCUUCGCCAAGAUGCUCGUUGUCGGCGCGCAGAACGACUGCCUCGAGUACAUCAUUGCCAUUGUGGCGGGCCUCAGCGUCGGCGACCCCUUCAUCCACGAGAACACGCUCGAGCUCGGAGAGGACGGCAGCGACGGCGAGCGUGAGGCCGAGCUCGCGCACAUUCGCAGCGAUGAUGUCCGCGAGAAGGAGCGUCGCAAGGACCUGCGCGGCAAGUUCUUCAAGCGGCAGUCGGCAUUCAACGGCAAGGGCGAGAGCGACAUGUUCAAGCUCCUGACCGCCAUCGGCGCGUACGAGCACAACCCCACGGCGGCGUUCUGCAGCGAGUACUUUUUGCGGCACAAGGCCAUGCAGGAGAUCCAGCAGCUGCGGUCGCAGAUCUCCAACAUUGCCAAGGUGCCCAAGGGACGCCUCGAGCCGCCGUCGGACAAGGAGCGCAAGGUUAUCCGCCAGAUCCUGACGGCGGGCUUCAUCGACCAGGUGGGCGUGCUCGAGUCUAUCGCGCUCAAGAAGGGCUCGUCGGCGCACGGCAGCACGCGCGGCAUUCCGUACCGCGCCGUCGGCGUCCCGGAGCCCGUGUACAUCCACCCGUCGAGCGUGCUCUUCCACCACAGCCCGCCCGACUACAUUGUCUUCACCGAGCUGGUGCGCACGUCAAAGGUCUGGGUCAAGGGGGUCACCAAGAUCCAGCCAUCGUGGCUCGCCGUGCUCGGCAAGGACCUGUGCACGUUCUCGCGGCCGGUCGAGAGCGCCGGCGCGAAGGCCAAGCUCAACGCGAGCGGCAACGAGCGCGAGGUGAUUGUUGUGCCGCAUUUCGGCGACCUGGGCGUGGAUCUGCCUCCCGUCAAGCGCAAGCAGCGGCGUGAGGGGACGCGGUGGGUGAUGGAGGAGUAG